CGUAUUUGUCCACAAAUGAUUUGUGUGUUUUAUUUUGCAGAUGGAAACUUUUUUACUUACACGAGACAUGAGCCUGUUGGUGUAUGUGGCCAAAUCAUUCCUUGGAAUUUCCCGCUGGUCAUGCUCAUUUGGAAGAUAGGGCCUGCCCUGAGCUGUGGAAAUACCGUGGUUGUCAAACCUGCAGAGCAAACUCCUCUCACUGCCCUUCACGUGGCAUCUUUAAUCCAAGAGGCAGGUUUCCCUCCCGGAGUAGUGAACAUUGUCCCUGGUUACGGGCCUACUGCUGGGGCAGCCAUUUCUUCCCACAUGGAUAUAGACAAAGUGGCCUUCACAGGAUCUACAGAGGUUGGCAAGAUGAUCAAAGAAGCUGCGGGGAAAAGCAAUCUGAAGAGGGUGACCCUGGAGCUUGGUGGAAAGAGCCCCUGCAUUGUGUUUGCUGAUGCCGACUUGGACAAUGCCGUUGAAUUUGCACACCAGGGGUUGUUCUACCACCAAGGCCAGUGUUGUAUAGCUGCAUCCAGGCUUUUUGUGGAAGAAUCGAUUUACGAUGAGUUUGUCCGACGGAGUGUUGAACGGGCUAAAAACUAUGUCCUUGGAAAUCCUCUGGCCCCAGGAGUCAAUCAAGGCCCUCAAAUUGAUAAGGAACAAUAUGAAAAAAUACUUGACCUCAUUGAGAGUGGGAAGAAAGAAGGGGCCAAACUGGAGUGUGGUGGAGGCCCAUGGGGGAAUAAAGGCUACUUCAUCCAGCCCACGGUCUUCUCUAACGUUACAGACGACAUGCGCAUUGCCAAAGAGGAGAUAUUUGGACCAGUGCAGCAAAUCAUGAAGUUUAAAUCUUUAGAUGACGUGAUCAAGAGAGCAAAUAAUACUCUUUAUGGCUUAUCAGCAGGAAUCUUUACCAAAGAUAUUGAUAAAGCCAUAACAGUUUCCUCCGCUCUGCAGGCUGGGACAGUAUGGGUGAAUUGCUAUAGCGUGGUAUCUGCCCAGUGCCCCUUCGGUGGAUUCAAGAUGUCUGGAAAUGGAAGAGAACUGGGAGAAUAUGGUCUCCACGAAUAUACAGAGGUCAAGACGGUCACAAUGAAAAUUUCUCAGAAGAACUCAUAAAGAAACCACAAGAAUGGAGCAAAGAAUCCUCAAUGACUAAGCAUCUCCUAUAGUCACUAAUAUAUUGUAGUGGGUUUUAAAUACACAAUUGUUCUUUUCUUGAUUUUUUUUUAAACAUAAGCUAAUCAUAUUAGCAUUAAAACUACACAUAGAAAACUUGACAUGUAGCUUAUUCUGAAAGAAUCCUUUAUCUUCUGAUAUGUGACCCUCAAGUCCUAUCUGUAAAACAAGGAUGGAGCUGAUGUGAGAUCUCUCCAAGCUCCGUAAUAGUUAUGUGCUUCUCCUUGUAGUUACUCAUCCAGGAUAAUCAUGUUAUAGAAGAGGACCAGUUGUCAUGUAGCUUCUUUCUCUAACAACCCCUUUAAGUCCUUAACACACCUUUGAGCUGCAGAGUAGAUAUGUUCUGUUCGCAGUAGUUGUGAAGUCAUUGGAGUUUGUUGAAAUGUUUCCUUGAAUGUCAUGUCUGCUUGUCAAAUGAAGCAAUGCCUGAAAUACUUAGCUGUAAUCUAAACAUAAAGCUUAAUAAAAACAACCUUGCAUGAUU